UAGAGAAAAUAGAAAUAUGUCCAAAGGUGAUAAAGUGCCGGAGGAAAUCAAGAGUUUUCUGCGCUCCGUUUUGAUAUCUAGCAAUGGCGUUAAGCAAAGCCGAGUGCAGAAGGACUACCACGAACUGGCUGGCGAGAGAUUGAUGUGGAAAAACUAUGGAUUCUCGUCGCUAAACGAGUUUCUAAAAGCACUACCUGAUGUAUGUAUGUUGCAGUACAGUCCAAAGGAUAAGGAGAAUCGCGUUUACGCCGUCCAAAAGGAAGGCACAUACAUGUCUUCGCAUGCGAAAAAGAAUGCAAAGGUGGCAAGCUCGUCGAUAUCGCCCAUCAAAGAAACGAACUUGGCCGAAAACGGUCGAAUUGUUCAAAACGACGGUGAGAAGAUAAGAGUGACAGUAGCAAAUACACCUUUAAACACAUCUUCAGAGAGCGAAAGUAGCGAUCUGCUGCCGAAUAGCGACGGACUCUACCAGGUGUAUGUCGUGAAGUUGCCUGAAAAGUGUACUGAGACUGAACUGAGAAAUUGCUUUCAAAUUUAUGGUAAAGUUGUGGAAUGUCAGGUAGUAAGAAGCUCAAUUGGAAAAAAGAUUGGCUUUAUACGCUACUCAUUAAAAAAUGAGGCACAACUAGCAUUGACAGAGGGCAGGAGGAACCCUCCUAAGAUCUUUGGAGUCACACUUGAGGUUGGAAAAACCAAGAAAAAGUCCAAUGACAAUAUUGAAACAUCUGUGAAUGCUGCAUUGAAUUCAGAGCCAAGUGAGGGAAGCAUAUCAUCAUUUUCAUCAUCUACUCCUUCUUCGCCAAUAAAAAGCAAUGCCCCACCAACUGCUCUACAAGAUCAACAACAGGCCAAAAACAAUCUGCCAACAGCGCCGCAUUUUCCAACAUACCGCCCAAUGAACACACAAUCAAAUUCUCCUCAAACAACUGGAAACAGCCAGCCAUAUUUAGCCGAAAAUCCACCUCACAAUACACAGACACCCCUUUCUGUACAAUUACCCCCAACACAACUUGCAAACAUGGGCAAUAAUGGACCAUGGAUACUAGACCCUAAUUCAACAACAAAGACAUUGCUCUCAUUACAACCGGUCUCUGAAACAAGGACAUCAAGUAAAGAGCCAACCAACACUGUUUCAAAACCACUCGAAAAAGUAGACAAUAGACUGAAUUACAGCCUAGUAAUUUCUGGUUAUGAUAGAAAAAUGACUGAGGCCAAUAUAAAGCAGGUGUUUCAGAAUGUUCAUGAUUUGCAAUGCAUUGAAUAUCAACCACAUUAUAGUAUAGCCCGGUUUAAAACUAAAGAUGCAUCUUUACAUGCAGUUAAUGAGUUAAAUGGAAAAUAUUGCAAUGGCUGUGUAUUGUUGGUGAAACCUUUAACAAAACAUCCAUCAGAUAUGGAUGAAGCGGAGCCUGUUAGGAUAGUCAAUGAAGAAAAAUUACCUGAGUUUCAGGAUGAAUUUACCAAGAUCUACGACUUCUUCAGCGAAGCAAUAUCAGGUUGCUGUAGGCAAGACUAUCUGCACUGGCUGAACAAUCUACCAUCAAUAUUUGAAGUGAAAAUAAUGGAUCUCAUUGAUCCUUGUACUUUCUGGGUUCACCUUUCGGACGGGACAAACGCAUACCGUGAUUUCAAUGAAUUAACACAUCAGCUUUCGUUGAUCAAACCAUCUUCUGGUUUAAGUUGUUUAAAGAAUAAUGAAUUCGGUGCAGGACAGUUUUCUGAUGAUGGACUAUGGUACAGAUGCUAUUGUCGUGAGGCUUCAACAGAUGGGCGCCUGCUUCAUGUGAUCUAUAUUGAUUAUGGUAACACUGAAUGGUUAGAAAGACAAAGAACCGUGAAGUUGAAUGACUCUUACUUUAAACUUCGACCUCAGGGCAUCCUUGUUAAACUUUCAGGAUUUAGAUUUAAGUCAAGCAACAACAGCGAACUUGACAGCAAAUUGUUAUCAACAGCAAAAAAUCUCCUGAUGUUUAAAUGUUUUCAAGCGAGAAGAGGUUCUGUGGAUUCUUCGAAGCCGUUUCUGUUGGAAAUCGAGCUUUUGCAGUCCAAAGGAGAAUCGGUCCUUUCUGAGCUGGAGUCGUUAUCUGGAGUGGAAACCCGGCAAAAGGAAUCAUCUCCACCCCCUCCGCUUCUGUUAUCUGGCCAACCCCCCGUGCCAACAAUUGUUAAACCGCCAAAGGACACUUUCUCUUCUGUUGACAGAGAAAUUCAUUACGUCUGGAUAACUAAUAUAAAAUCUCCCACAACAUUCAACUUUCAACUGGUGAACAGUUCUUCCAGAGAGGCUAUAAAAAGAAUACAAGAAAUGCUUCUGAAAUGCAAUAUUCAGAAUAAGGUUAAUGUUAAAGAUCCAAAAAUAAGUAACCUCGUUUGCUAUCAUAAAAAUGGACUAGAAAGGUCUCGUGUCACCUUCAUAAGCUCCACUGGUACUCCUGGAAAGGUGACAGUACUUCAUGUGGAUACGGGUAAAGUGGCUGUAGUUCCUUUGAUGUCAUUCAUUGCGUUACCACAAGAAGCGAAGGAUAUUCCAUAUCAGGGCAGGCCAGCAAUUUUAUACCGUGUUCCACAGGAUCCUCUGGCAAAGUCUGCUAAAGCUUUGGAAUUUAUCAUUCAACAAGCAACCGAGGUUCUCCAAGCAAUUAUUGUGAAUGAAAAUAAAGAUGGAUCUGUUUACGUAGAGCUGUUUAAUGCAGGAGGGGAGAGUAUCAAUAAAACGUUGAUAGAAAUGGCAAACACCGAACGAGAAUUAUCUAAAGCCACACCACCUUCUGAAGUGUCCAGGCAAAACCGCAAAAUAUCGACUGAAGCACUGCAUAACGGUGACCAGUCGGAUCCCAAAAGUAUGACACCGUCCUCGCAAUAUGAUGGUGGUGAAGCGGUGUUUAGUUCUGGUGCUCCGAUUCAAAGUCAGUCAAUCUCACCGAGCGGCUCCAGUCGGGCACCCCAGAGCCAGUCCCAAGUUUCCUCAAAAAGAGGGGAAUUGGAACGAGGUCACGUGUCUCCUGGUAAUCAAGCAUCUGCCCGAGUAAUGCAAGGAUUGUCCAACCAGGCACCUACCCAGAGUGCCUCAAGACCUAAACAACAACCAGUCCAAAAGCAGGCCACACACGUUCGGCCUUCAACGUCGGUUGGUAAUCAAGGCUUUGAGAAAGGCGUAGUCACCACUCCUAAUCAGGCGUCAACCUACAAUCAGGCACCUGUUACUAAAAAUCAGGCCUUUGGACAUAGCCAGGCAAAUCAGGCCUUUGGACAUAGUCAGGCUCCGCCCCAAAGCCACGAAAACCCAUCUGGUAAUCAGGCAUUUUCAAGACGUCCGGCAGCGGUUCAAAAUCAAUCAUCUAAUCAGGCACCACCUCAAAAUCAGGCAUCACCUCAAAAUCAGGCACCACCUCAAAAUCGGGUAUCACCUAAUCCGGCAUUUGAACGCAAACCGGCUUUGAAUCAAGUUCCGCAUAACCAACCACCAAUCCACAACCUAACACCGCGGAAUCCAGGACUUUCCCAAAGGCAGCCAUCACCUCCAUCGACUACUCAGGCGUUUGCCUCAAAACAGGCCUCCCCGCAAGGUAAGGUCGCACCCAGACAACCCUCACCCACUCAGGCAUUUGGCAAAGGUUCCGCGAAUCAGCCCAUGAACCAAACCCGACCCCAACCAAGUCAGGCUCACAGUCGUGUGUUGACCUACCAGGUGCCUCAAGAUCAGACCUCACCCAAGAAGCAGGCUCCACCUCACGGUCAGGCACCUCUUCAAAAUCAGGUUGUACCCAAAAGACAUGGUCCAACUCAAGAUCAGGCUGCAUCCAGAAAGCAGGCUCCACCUCAAGAUCAGGCUCCAUUUCACGGUCAGGCACCGCUUCAAAAUCAGGUUGCACCCAAAAGACAGGGUCCACCUCAAGAUCAGGCUGCAUCCAGAAAGCAGGCUCCACCUCGAGAUCAGGCCCCAUCUCACAGUCAGACACCACCUCAAAAUCAGGUACUUAACCCAGCUGCUAACCGAGGUCGACCUGCACCUACACAUGGCCCAUCUCCACCCAACCGUAUGCCGAACGAACAGAGUUCCCUUAAAAACAUGAACAUGACGUCAUCGGCUAUGACGUCACAACGCGUUCCUUCCCAAGGUCACAACGCGUUCCUUCCAACCGGUCAAUUUGUGUCGCAAAACCUAGCAUCGCAAAAAUUUCCAUCCCAGGCGACUACGUCACGAGCUGGUACGUCACAGGGUAUGACGUCACAGAGUAUGACGUCACAAUGCAUCACGUCACAAACCGUCAACUCACUAGGACCUUCAGAGCAAAAUCUCACGUCGAAGGGUAUUACGUCAAAAGGUGUAGCGUCACACGAUGUUACGUCACGACCGUCAGAGGCUAUGACGUCACAAUAUCUGACGUCAUUAUUGGCUGAAGCGGGUAAACCGCGAUCAGAUAGCUCCGCUAGCAGCGGCAGUAAAAACUCUUCUAGCUUGGAUGAAAAUUUUGAUGAACCACUUGCUAACGUCGAACGUGAUACGACCAAUAGCUCUAAGUCAUCUUUGUCCAAUCAGAAGCAAUCGAACAAGUCUAGCCGGUCGCCUAAGAAACAAUCUCGAAAUGAAAUGGCUGGUAUUGCUUCAAAAGGUGGCCAAAAGAUUAAAAACUCUGCAGAUAUAGGCAGUGCUGGUGGCAAAAUUUCCCCGACUGCUGAAGCGAAAACUCGCAGCUUCUCAGGGAGAGGUGGGGCUAAAGCCUUGAGGCAGAACUUUGAUAGGGGCAGUGCAUCUGCUGUUGAUGAAAAAACAUUUCGUGAUUUGACGACGAAGUUUCAGGCACAACAGAAGAUUUUAGCCUCCACCGGCAAAGAUUUGCGAAUGGCUGCUGAAAUGUACAUGAAUCGGCAGAAAUUGAAUCUGAUGUACAAAAUAAAGAUGUUAGAGAAUGAAAAUUUAAUCCUGGAAGCUGAAAUAAAGAAGAAUCUUCAGGAAAAAUCCGAAUUGGAAAAGCAGCUUCAAAUGAAGUAAGAUUUUAUAAACAAAUAAUAUAUGUCCACUGCGUUCUCAAGGACUGCGUGAAGUGAGAAGACGACUGAUGCAGUAAGGAAAUGCCUCUUUGGAUUUGGAGUUUGGCUCUCGUGUACGGGGUAAUGGAUGAGGUUGUUAUUUGUGUAUCAAGGAGCGGUAAGAAAGAGUUUGACUCGCGCUGACACGAGAGAUAUCACUUCUCGAAUUUUUUAUCUGCAUGUUGAAUUAUUGUUGAUCUCAUCGAGUUGUGAUGCUUUUAAAGGUGUUUGACAACCCUACCCCCCCCCCCCUCUCGGCGGCCCUGCAUGCAUUACACCAGCUGUCAAGGUAGUCGCAACAUAGGCGGCCCAAAAUUGGCAGCGAAAACU